AUGACUUACAUUUCCGUUACAUUUAUUACAACGCUCGUCCUUUAUUUGACGUACAUGCUGCUCUUUGCGGCAGCAGUUGAUGCCAAAGUUGAAGCAUCUGGAGACGACGCCCCAUUAAAAGCACCUGCAACCCAACAAUGGAGCCGUUACUCAAAUAAACGUAUGGCUCGUCCGCUGUACGCCAUCAACGCUUAUCGCCGGGAACACGUCAACCCCGUGGAUAUGGAAUUUAUGGACGAAAGUGACAUCGAUAAACGUGGUACAAUGGACGACUAUGGUCACUUGAGAUUCGGUAAACGCGGCCAGGAAAUCGGAGAUUACGGUUACAUGCGAUUCGGUCGCCGUUAA